CUGCCGGAGCGUGAACCGUACAAACACAAACCAGCAUUCCUGUUGCAUCAGGAAAGAUGGUUUUCAAAUUUUCCACCAUUUAUCUCACCGAGGAUGUUGAUGUUUCCACCCUGUUUUCGCCGCCUACUUCUCCGUCGUCAUCGUCCACUGCUUGCCUUCCACUCGGCAAGAGCUUCACCAGAGCCAUCGCGGUCGCAGGCAGAGCCGCUGGAGGCGCGUUCACUGCCCCUGUCAACAGGGCUUCUUGGUGGAGGCCCAAGAAAUCCUCCGGCGACAUUAAUCUCCAACCGCUUCGGCCUCAGGGAUUAUAUGCUGAGAAGUUGGAGGAACAACUUGAAAAGGUAAAGGAUCAGUUAGAUAAAGUGACGGAAGAACUUUGCUUUGCCCGAACCCAGAAAUUGCAGCAGCUCGAGGACCAAUUCGUGCAGACCAACCAGAGCAUAAAGGAGUUGGAGCUGAAAAUGAUCGAGACCGUGGAAAUGCUGCGAACUUUUAGACAAGAGCGAGAGCCGUUGCAGAUCGACCUCAAGAAUGUACUCCAAAAGGCCAAGGAGGUGGGUGGAAGAAAAGGAGAUUCCUCGAGCACAAAGUACUUCUCCGAGUUCUCCAUGACCGAAAUCAAGGAAGCUGCACAGAACUUUGACCCGUCCUUGAAGAUCGGAGAAGGCGGCUGGGGAAGCGUGUAUAAAGGUUUCAUUCGACAUACGCUGGUGGCUAUAAAGAUCAUGAAAAUUCCUAGCAUGCAAGGUUCACAAGAAUUUCAACGGGAGGUGGAUGUGUUGAGCAAGGUAAGGCAUCCUAAUCUUAUCACGCUCAUCGGCGCGUGUCCCGAGCCCUGCACUCUUGUUUAUGAAUAUAUUCCAAACGGUACCCUUGAAGACUGGCUCCGCAGCAAAAACAGGGCGAAGCAGCUGCCAUGGCGAGCCCGGAUACGUGUCGCUAUGGAGCUCUGCUCCGUCCUGGCCUUCCUCCACUCUUGCAAGCCUCACAGCAUCGUCCACGGGGAUGUCAAACCAGGGAACGUCCUACUGGACGCGCACCUCGUGAGCAAGCUCAGCGAUUUUGGCAUCAGCAGACUGCUGCCGUGGGGCGAGCAGUCGAGCAACAACACCACCGUCAUGUACCCGACGAACCCAAAAGGGACGUCCGGGUACAUUGACCCUGAGUUCCUUGUCACAGGAGAGCUCACCACGAAGUACGACGUUUAUUCUUUUGGGAUUACACUACUAGAGUUGUUGACAAGGAGGCCCAUCGUAGGAUUAGUGAACGAAAUGCAAAAGGCGGUCAGUGCAGGGACUUUGGAGGCCAUCUUGGAUCCAUUGGCUGGAGAGUGGCCCUAUACGGUGGCCAAGGAGUUGACUCAUUUGGCUUUGAGGUGCUGCGAGAUAAGCAGAAGGAAUAGGCCGGAUCUCCAGUCAGGCGCGUGGACAGUGCUCCAAUCGAUCGGAGCUUCCUGUUGAUAAAUCCAGACUUCCAAAUACUCAGGAAGUGAGAGAUAUAGAUGAUACAGACGAGCAUUGCUAGGUUUGUUAAUAUAUGUACUUUGAUCUUUUGCUGCAUCAUUUAAUUGAUUUCUCUUGUUGAUAGUUCUUACUGCAUGUUCCCACCAUUGUUCUUAUGAAUGGAUCUUCUUCUGCAUUGAGU